AAUAGCAACACGAACAUGGUUGGUACUUCGUAGACGACAGUCGUCACAAAUGACAUCAAAUAGAUAUCCAUGUGCGUUUUUCCCGUAUUUUCUCUUCAUCAGUAGUUGUUCUGACGUUAUAGACUCAUCAUUCCCCACAUUCCCUACAUUCCCCCCCGCGGCCUAAAUUAACUGUGUCUGAAACUCUGUCGUGCUAAGUUGCUAAGCGUGGGAUUGGUUCUCUCCGUGGCUUCGCCAUGUCCCAGGAAUCGUUCCUCCAAGCCACCCAAGAGCGUGACGUCUCGGGCCACGCUCGCGCCACACCUGAGGAGGCCCUGGGCUACGCCAAUUACACUCUCGACCAUUGGCUGCCCACCUCAGACACGUAUGUGCUCAAGUACGGCUCGUCCAUCCUGCCCCUCGUCUCGGCCGUGUCCUCGGUGUCCUUGGCCACCAAACUCCUGGCCCGUGAGAAGUUGGGAGGGCUCCGCUUUAGCUCGAUGGUCUUCAUCCGAGCGGCGGUGGCUGUUCCAGCGGGUAUGGCCUCCUUGGUCUUUCACAAACUCGUGCUCGACGACAUCCUGUUGGGCGAAACGCCGUGUUCCAUCUGCGUUCAAGUUCGAUCCGCCUCCUUUCAAGUGGCCGCGGGCACGAUCUUGGGCGGAGCCAGCGCCUUUGUCGUGAGUCAUUUGGUCAUGACCACCUUGUUGGCCAAGAACAUCCCCAGUGUCUGGAGUCGGCCCGGCUUAGCCUACCUCCGGCAACUGGCGGUCAAAUCGCGAGGAUUGCUGCUCUCCUCGUUGUUGGCCAAUUUGAUCGCGGGCUUUGGAUUGUGCGUGUUGGAACAACGAUCAUGGUGGUAUAUUAACCAAGAGCUCCAACGACGCCUGGACGCUGCAAACAAGCACGUGUGAAAUUGCCCUGUUCAUGAUGCACUUAGCCUCAUAGGAAAUCCGAGAUACAUGCAUUCUUCCAUCGUUAUUUGUAUUGGGGGAAGCCUCAUUAAUCGAGCCUUUGACUCUAUUAUUUAAG